CAUAAAUUUUUGAAGAAAUAUUUUCGUCGAAUAUUUAAAAUAUAGUGCAAUAUUUCUUCUGAUAUCGACGUUAUUAAAAAACUAAUAUUUAUUUCGUUGUCUGGUGUAAGAUUUAUUACAUUUUAUGAGGUUUACAAUUGCAAAACUGUGCACUAAGUGAAGGGACAAUUUGUUUUUAACCGUGGCGUUAUCCUAAAAUGGCGGCCUCAUUUGAAAACUUAAAUAUUCCCUAGGACUCCAAACUUUGUUUUAAAAAGUGAUGAUUAAUUUGGUUAUGCAACUGUGAAAGUUUGUUAAUGAAAUAAAAAUGGACCAAAAUAUAGAAGAAUCUCUUAGUUUGGAGACUGCUAUGGGGGUUGAUUUUGAUCAUUCUGAAGAUGUAGUCAUUCAGGCUGAUAUAGGCCUUCAAGAAUCAACUUCCCAGGAAAUUCCAAUGGAUUACGAAAACACAGAUGAGCAAUCUAUGUUAAUGGAUACAGAAACUGAGGAAAUAAUAGUUUCAGAUUUCAUGGGUGAUUCCCUCACACUCCCUGAAUACACUUUAUCCAAUGAACAUAGUAGUGAUAUGGCUACACUUGAUCCAACUAAUACAAGUUUGUCGUCGCCAUCAGACACAAUAGUGGAUUUGCAAUAUAAUCAACAGGCGACACUAACGGCAAUCAAAAGUGAAGCAAAACCCAGAGUUGUUACAGUUAAGACUGUAACAUCUUUACCUUCAACAGUAAAGAAAUCGGAGUCUGGGGUUUUAAAAACUGUGCCACGUCAAGUCGCUAUAGCGCCUAAACCGCCAGGAAAUGACCCCUUUGCCUCUAAACAAAAAGACCUGCACAAGAUGAAGGGGCAUGUGGCCAUUGCUCCGAAACCGAUAGUAACAAGCAAACCCGUCACAUUGGGAACUAACAAAAGUGCUGUUGGGGGAACUCUGAAGAAAGUGUCUAUAGCUGGAGUCACUCAGGCUACGAGCAAGGGAAAUACUGUGCUGGCACAAAUAGGCAAGCAGUUGAUCAUGGUACCAUCAGGAGGGCAGAAAAUAAAACUGGUUUCAUCAAGUGGUUUUGGCAAUGUUCAAUAUGUUACUGGAGAUUCUGGCCAGGCUCAACUGAUAAGUACCAAAGAUGGACAGAAGCCAAUGUUGCAGAAACUGAUUACAGUGCAAGGACAACAAGACAACCAGCCUGUGGUGAUCACUAAACUCAUGCCGAAGACCAUGGACAAACUGCCUCAGGGUAGAUAUGUUACGGUCCAGCAGAAGACAGCACCAUCGCAACUGACUCAACAACUGGGUAGUAAGGUGUUGGUGAAGUCACCUUUGAAAGGCGCCCCUGCUGGUAACAAGAAGCACGAGAUAAUUGCCAUCCAUGCUCCACCCCCACUUGCCCUCACUAUGCCAGUUUCAGGCUCAAGUGGUGUACCGGAGAACAAGGUUCUGAUUCCCGCCAACCCCAAGAAGGUGGUAGUGAAACCGGUAACGUCACAGAACGUCGCUCAGAUGACAAAGAAAGCGAAUGUCUCAGACGGACUUGCACACACGCAGUUGCAACCUAUUAACAUACCAGGCAAGGGAGUACAAUAUAUCCGUCUGAUCACGAAGCCCGGCUCCAACACAGCCAAGCCCAUCGCCGUUAAGCAUCAGACAGCCGCCGCGCCCAAGACUUUCGUGCUCACUGAUAAUAAAGGUAACCUCAUCCACAUGACGUCAGACAAGAUGACUGGACAGCAACCCUCACUCAUCAUCGCUAACAAUGCGUCUCCUCAGGUGGCUACAAUGCCGCAGCAAAAGUUGGUGAGAAUAGCGCCUGUCCCUCCGAAAACAUCGCAAGCAACUACGCAACCACGGCAAGCCCAGAGUCUGUUGGCUCCCAUGACAGUGGAAGUGCCUCAGGCCAAGCAGGAGGUGACCGUUGAGGACGAGGAGAUUGCCGAGUAUGAGGUGGAGAUAGAGUCCAAGGAGUCUCUGCAGAGAAUGAUCGAGGCGGCCACGGUGGAUAUAGAGAAUAACGUCACCAUGAGCACAGAACAGGACAGCUCGGGCGAUGCGAAGGGAGAGCGCAGCGAGCACUCGGAAGACCUAGAGCAGGACCUCAUUGUGAUACCCAGCUUCGACCACGCCGAAUACACGCAGAACAAAGCCCAGCAGGACGAGUCGCUGGGUGACCUGCUGACGGUGAACGUGGAGUGUGAGCGGGACUCGCCGCCCAGCUACUCGCCGCCGCCGCAACUGCCUGAUGAUUUGAUAUUGCGGCCGCGCAAGGCGUGCAACUGCACGAAGUCGCAGUGUCUCAAGCUGUACUGCGACUGCUUCGCCAACGGCGAGUUCUGCAACCGGUGCAACUGCAACAACUGCCACAACAACCUCGAGAACGAGGAGCUCCGACAGAAGGCGAUACGCUCCUGUCUCGACCGCAACCCGCACGCAUUCAGGCCGAAAAUAGGAAAAACGAAAAGUUUAGGACCAGAUAUAGUGCGGAGGCAUAAUAAAGGGUGCAACUGUAAACGAAGCGGAUGUCUCAAGAACUACUGCGAGUGUUACGAGGCUAAGAUAGCGUGCUCGUCGACGUGCAAGUGCGUCGGGUGCCGCAACGUGGAGGACUCUCUGGAGGGCCGCUUCACGCCGCGCCGCAUCGCGCCCAAGCCGCAGCCGCCGGCGUUGCGACAGGCGCUCGACAAGCAGCCGUGCACGUUCAUGACGGAGGAGGUGAUCGACGCGGUGUGCCAGUGCCUGAUCGCGGUGGCGGCUCCCCCCGCGCCCCCCGCAUCCCCCACACCCCCCGGCGACCCCGUGCUCGACGUCAUAGACGAGUUCGCCCGCUGCCUGCGUGACGUCAUCGCGGCUGCGCAACACGCGCCCGUCGCGCCGGAGGGUGCCGCGUGACGAAGCCGCCCCGCCGCCACAGUGUCGACGUAGCGCAUCAUGGUCUUCCAAUACAACGAUCAUAGUGCAAUUAUUACUAUAGUACAACUCGCGUACGGACCGUAAAAAGAACAGAGGUUGGUUUUGCUGCUCUUCAUAUGUCAACGGUAUUAGUUGAAGUAUAACGAAGUUGACUCGUUUAAAAUGUUAAAAUUUAACAGGGAUGGCUAACGGUGUAGGUAAUUCGCGAAAUCACAGGGCUAGGGUAUUUCGCGAUAUCCUCGAGGAUGGCUAAUGUGCAAAAGCUAAUUCGCGAAUCAAACAUUAUGAAUGAGAAUGUGUUUGUCUGUCUGUCUGUUAUCUUCUACAUUUAAACUGAUGAACCGAUGAUGUUUGUGAUGCAGAUUCUGUGAGUUCAUAAUAUUUUUUGUUGCCGAAAAUGUACGGUUCCUGUGCGA